CUUUAUAAAACCUUACAGAUGUUGGAAGCUGAAUUUUGCUAUGUGUCACAUUGUUGUAACUAGAAAAACAUAUCAAAACUGUGCAUUUUAAUAGUCCAAUAUAAAUAGAUGUAUUGAGGAGCCACUAAUUUGCAAACUUGCAGUCAGACCCUUUUUUUUUUAUCGUCUCUAGUCAAAGUCCGAAUUUUUAAGUUUCAAAGAAUGGGGAACUAUACAUUCAAGUUAGGAGAUACUUAUGAAGAUAACAGGCAAAGAGCUAUAACCUGUGUUUAUAGUUUUGGAGGAGUUAUUUCUGUAAACUUUUAUCCACAAAUGAACGCACUACUCGUGUUUGGAGAAGGAUUUGAUGAGACCGAAAUACAGAGGAAGGUAGAUGAGAUUUAUAACCCAAACAAAGAAAAGAGGUGCCCAUCGUGUGAUCAUGUGCUUAAUAAUGAUCAUGUGCUUAAUAAAUCAUUUGCUUAA